CAUGGACUCUCAUCAGCAGCACAGUAACCAUCUACAUGCCACUGGUGACGGUUCUCAGGCGUCCAUACACAAGUCCGGCGGGGACAAAUUCUACUCCACGAUGUAGGACAGUUUAUGCGCAAAAAUGGUAAAUGUUGGGAAUCGUGUCACCUUGUUAGUGUACUGCUAUGUUAGAGACCACGGAGUCAGGUAAUCGCUGCAUCAGAGAGGAGGCUGGUGUAUUGAAUCACAGUAGCCUAUGUAGGGCACAGCCAGGCCUAAAUUCGUUUGUCACCUAUUUCUGCCUCGUCCCGAAGAUUCCAAACGUUGGAUGGGAUGUUUGGGUUCACCGGAAAGUGAUGUUGGCUGGUAGGAUUUUGCUUUUAGAUUUAUAAUGGCAUAUCAUCUAUGGUGUAGUAAUUGUUUUCUAUAAUGUCAAUGUCUCUCGCAGUGACGCACGGAGAUGCAACUGAUAUGUUUUGUGCUUAUGGCUUUCGGCGUCUUGUCCAUUCAUCAACAGCGCGCGCGUCUAUAGGAAAAGAAGGCACUGAUCAAAAUAUUGCCAAUUGUAGUGGCAAUAUUCAGUUGGUUCAAGAGGGAAAAGCCUAUACAGCGCUCCCUACCCUUCUGCAUUGUACAGAUUACGUAAAGCACCAUGCUCAACCUUAUUCAGUAAUUUCACUGAAACCUAGGUAGGUGGCAUAUUACUGCAUAAUGUCAAUCAAAUUAUCAGCCAACAUUAAACCUUAUUCCCGUUAAUUCACCCUCAUCCUACAACCCAGUUAUGCUGUCUGAUGCUGCUCACAAUUACGUAAGAAGUACAUUGCGUGACCCCACCACCUGUUGCGCAGGGGCCCUACAGUAUCCCCUGUAGGGUAGGCCUAGUUGUGAUCCCUGCCUCUCCCAUUCUUUCAUGUAUUGAUCAAAUGUACUGUGUCCUCAAAUGUCCCAUUGGCACAGUGACAGUAGACAACCAUAUCACGUGGCAUAUCACAGGCAUGCCAUGCCUUUGUAUCUCUGAGCUGCUUUGUGCUCAGCAGGGAUGUUCUCUUUGAUCAUACGUUUUUCCUCCAUUAUUGUUUGAGCAUUACUGCUCAGCUCAGUCAGCCACAGACUUGCUGAUGAGGCAACCCUGUUUGCGUAGCACCUUUUAAAAUCGGUUUCUGUACCAACUGGUCUGGUUUUGUUAUUUAUUGUUAUUUAUUGGUUCUUUGGAUUUUGCCAGUGGAUAUUAUGAUUUAUGUUUAUUCCCGGCUGUCUGUGGUUACCAGGGAUGGCGUGUGCGGCAGUGAGAUGGGUGAUGGACUCACAGAAUGCCCUGUGUCCGUCCUGGUCUGUCCUGUGAAAGGCUUCUUUAUCUGUUGAAGGGCUCCUGAUGGCCAGACUGGUUUACUCAUCAAUGGGCUCCUAACAUGCAGGGCAGUCAGGGCCACAACAAACAGUAGGCCUACAACACCCCCCCAAAAAAAAUAAAAUAAUAAUAACAAAUACUUCAUUGUCUUAUGAUGAAUGUGUUUCUUUAAUACACCGUUUGAGACCAUGACAUAGGACUAUGUCCUUGCCCAGGGAUUAAAACCGGUAUCUGGUAGGUAGAGGAAAUGUCCACAAAAUUGAUUGCUUUUCCAUGCUAGUUUUUAAUGGAUUAUCUCCUGUCUACGUCCAUUCUGUUUUCUCUAUGUUUGUACAUUAUGUAUUGUGCAGUAAGCCAUCUUCCUAGCCUUCCUCUUGGAGCCAGCAGCAGAGCGAUAGCAGUGGUCCACACCCAUGUCACUCCCUCCCAGUCGGAAGCCCUCUGCAGGUCAGCGCAGGUACUGCUGCUCCCUUCUCUCGCUAUUGUCUUUUUUUGCUGUGUGAUGAUCCCAAGUGAUGAUGUAUGAAAAUGUUAGAGUAAAAUAGUACCACAUGUAUAGUGAGUGAGUUUUUGGAAGCAAUGCAUUGAUUUAGUUUGUUUUCUUAAUGUUUGUGACUGAAGAUAAGAGUCUCAUCAAUGUGUAACAUUAACAUAGCCUCUGUUGCAGGCGGUCAGUGGCUACUAGCAGUGGGUGCCAUUCCCAUAGCAAUGCCUCCAAUACCAACACUUACCCCACCAACACUUACCCUGGCAGGGCUAGUGAGGGCAGUCCUACAGCCCGGACAUACCCUGGCACACCCAGGUAUGACACAGCAUCUGUACAUCAUAUGCAAGACACACGCAAAUAUAGUUUUGUUUUAGGAAUCGUUUUUUUUAAGUUGAGCCCAAAAUAUCAUGCAGUAAAGAUGAUUCAGAAGAACACCAAGCAAAUGUUUUAAGAAUAAGGUGCAGAAUCUGCCUUGCAAUAAAAGGGGGGGAAUAUAAUGUAGUCUUGAGAUUCAUAAUUUAUUAUAAAAACCAAAAGAUGCAGAGCUUGCAUAAAAACCCCACUGAUAUCUACUCAUAAGAUAUAAAACAGGCUUCUCACUUUUACUGAAAACUCCCUUCUUGUUAUUAUCUGAUGAUUGAUCUCUGAUGCAUAACUGAUCAUCACUAUAAACUCUCCUUCACACCCCUAUGCAAACCCAGGCGUCAGGCGAAGCAUGCCACCUGCAGUGAUAACCACGGGAUCCGCCCCCCCACACCAGAGCAGUACCUCACCCCGCUGCAGCAGAAGGAGGUGUGUAUCAGACACCUGCGAGCCAGGCUAAGGGAGAAUGUUGAGAUGCUGCAGCACAGGUGAGUCUGGAGGGAUGCGUUGUGACACAGAAGCAGAAUAUUCCUGACCAAUGUGGUACUUCAGAUGUAGGCUGAGUGGCUGACAAUUUUUUUUUAAUUGCAUAUUGUAGAUCUCAUGGUCAAUAGAAGUGUCUCAUCCACAACCCAGCUCUUGGGUUACAUGUAACCAAGCUAUGAUUACAAAAAUAGCAACAUCAAUAACGGUCUUACAUUUCACUACAGAAACUGGGAUUGUAUCUCAGACUUCUCAUGCCUCUCAAGGCAUACCGCACAUUGAUUCCUUUUCCUUGGGAAGCCCUCAUACUCUCAAUCUCCCUCCCUCUCUCUCUCUCUCUCUCUCUCUCUCUCUCUCUCUCUCUCUCUCUCUCUCUCUCUCUCUCUCUCUCUCUCUCUCUCUCUCUCUCUCUCUCUCUCUCUCUCUCUCUCUCUCUCUCUAUCUCUCUCUAUCUCUCUCCUCUCUGUCAGGGACAGUGAGAUAACUGAAAUGAGGACCCAGCUGUGUCGGAUGCAGGAGGACUGGAUAGAGGAGGAGUGUCACCGUGUGGAGGCCCAGCUUGCUCUAAAGGAGGCACGCAGGGAGAUUCAGCACCUACAUGAGGUCGUGGAGACAGUACGAUCAAAUCUCGGCACCCCAGAAAAAUCCCCCCACGACCAAAAGCCAUACCUCUCACCGCAGGGACCCCGACCUGUCAAGUCCCGCUCCUGUGGUUGCUCCCCAGCCAGCACCCUGAGCCGCAGCACCACCUACACACGGCUGAGCAGUGAGGGCCUGCAUCUGGACCGCAAUGGAAACAUCCCAGGGCCUGACCUGCGUGCAGCGGCACGGGCAGAAGGGGGACGGACCCACCUGCUCCUGGAAGCAGCCCUUCUGUCAGAACAAAACCCAGCCGGCUCCGCCCGUGGCCCCUUCUCCUCCACCAUGCCACGCUCCUCCACCUACGAGAGGCUGUACAGCGGGGGGGCUGUCCUGCCUCUCUCCCACUCCUGCCACUCCCUGGGUAACAGCUGCAGGUGCAGCGGACACACCUACCUCCCGCAUCACCACCUCUUCCUGCACCUCCCCCAGGAGGAGCCCCCGGCUGCAGUGGCAGCGGCUGCUGCUGCCCCCAUGACAGAUGUGAAACCGGAGGUCCGAUCCCAGGCCUGCAGCCCCACCAUGACCUGGGUCUCGGAGGAAGGAGGGGGAGAAGAGCUAAGCGUCAUCUCCCUGGCAACAACCGACAUCACCCCAGUCUACUCCGAGCAACAACUGUUCCCUCCCUCCUUGUCUUCCCCCUCUCCUCCCCAGCCGUUCCCUCCCUUCUUGUCUUCCUCCCCUCCUCCCCAGCUCUCCUACAACCUAGAGCCGCUGCCUCCAGAUGGCCCUGUGGAGAUGACAAGAAUGCCAACAGUGGCCCAAACCUGCCAGCCCAAGCCUGGGCCACUGUAUUCACCAGAGAGGCAAGGAAGCGUGACAGUGGUGGAGGUGGAGGAGGAAGAGAAGGAGGAGGCUGUUGAAGUUGAAAUUGUUGUGGAAGAGGGGGAGGAGGGGGCUCCCCAGCGGAACUUCUGGAGCCAAUACUUCCUGGUGGACCUGUUGGCGGUGGCCAUGCCGGUGGUGCCGACAGUGGCCUGGCUGUGCCAUGGGGCCCCGCGGGAGGUCAUGCCUGUCUACCACAUUGGCUCUCUGCUACGGGGUUGCUGCGCUGUGGCCCUUCACUCUCUGCGACGCAGGGGAUGUGGCCAGGGCCGUGCCCCCACAAGCAUGAAUGGGGCGACCAAUAUCUGACAACUUUACUCCUUAGUCCCCUGACUCCCCUCACAGCAACCAUGCAACCCCAACCUCUUACGAGCCACAGCCACAACGGCAAUUAUACAGACUUUGAUUUGGACUUAAACUACUAUUGCUUUUUAUUCUCCACCCACCACGUGUCUGAUUUGAGGAUGACCUUGAGAUUUACAUGAUCCGAUUUUAUUGCAGUUGACCUUUGUGAAUUUUGUUUAUUGGUUACAGCAGACAGGAAUUAGGCUAAUUGUAUAGUUCAAGCCUGUUUCUGUUAGAUUUGUAAUCAUGCCUUGCUAUCAAAGAAAAUCUAAUGCAAUAGUGAUUUGAUGGGGAAUGCAUUAGCCUGCUUAAAUUGACUUUUUGACACUGGUCUACAGUGUCUCCCAUGACUGUACAACUGUACAGUGCAUGUAAACCUGAGAAAUGUUCAACCUUUUGCCAUUACCUCACUUUAAACAGACCUGCUACAUUUGAACCUUGAAGACUUUGAUGUAUGCUCCAUAAAUCUUCUAGUGUUGUCUUUGAAAUUGGGGUGAAUACGGUUCAUCUUGUUAGAAACAUCAGCAACAUUUUAUUUUAGUUUCUAGCGCUAAGUGAAUGAGGGACCUGAGUAGGAGUUCUAGUUGAAUGUCUUUGAAUUCUUUAUUUUCUCAAGAAAAUUGAGGAUGGAAAAAUAUGUGUUUGCACAACGACCGGGAGAUAGAGAAUCUAUUACAUUUCAGGGAUCCAAAGUUUAUCUUCUGGUUUCAUGAAUUUUAUUUAUAGUCCAAGGAUAAGAUAACAAUUCUGAAUAAGACUAGCACUGUCACUAUCCAUGCAAAUGCUGAAUGCCAGUCAUAAAAAAAUGCCAGCUAUGUAUUUAUUGUUGUUAAGGCAUAUAUACCAUUUGCUAAAUUUCACAAUUUACAAUAUUACGAAUAUUAUCAAUUGUUUCCAAUAGUUAGCCUAGAUAUUUGACGUUGCACUUUUUUCCCCACACUUGGCUUUGCAUGUUAUCAAACAUUAACCAUGCAAGUCUGCUUUUGAGCCACAUCGUGCCGCCAAUGCUACAGUGACAGAUUUGUCUCAAUUAUUCAGAGGUCAAAAUCAAUGAUAAAAAGCAAUGAUGAAAUGUCUUUACUUGGGUUGAUAAAUUGCACAAAAAGCUUUAGAAUGCAAAGCGUAAAUAGCUCUGGAUGUAUUUCCUCCUCCCUUUGAAAAUAAACUGAAAGUUGCC